CGACGAAGAUUCGCCCCUGUGCCAAUCGAGACGAUAUUCGACUCGUACCGCGUUGACAAUACCAGGAAUAAGAAUCCUCACGGCCCAACCGCCGAGUUGACACCCGACCCGUCACCGACGUCAUCGUUGCACCCGCCCACGCCCUUGCUCUUGCCUCUGCCAAAGAGGAAGUUCGCACCGCAAUUGAUCGAGACGUCAAGGCGGGCAAGACGAGCUGGCCAACAAGGUCCAGCCACCAAACCUACCGACAAGACAGACAUCACACCCGGCACAAACCAUAUCUACGCGCCCAAGUCCAAGCCCAAGAGGACGGAUGGGUCAGCCCCUCGGUCGUGGGCCACCCGCAACUAUGACUUGAGGAACAGGAGAGAAUCUUGCGACGAGGAUUUCGCCGGCUACCUGCUAGCAGUCGCGGCACGGGAGGCACACAGGCAACGGGAGCUUGAACAAGCCAUGUCAGCAUUCCCCAAUGGUGUGCGGCCAGCCGGUGUCGAACAUUUCUUCGUCAGAGACAACUCCGAAGAUGAGCAUGCUUACGACGUCGACGCGCUUUUGAGGCAUGGUACGUCCAAACUGAUCCGACGAAAGUCGACCGAUCCAGGCUGGGCCGCCAGGGAAAUGCGCCAGCAUGUCGAAAAGCUGACCAACAUCGAUAAGCUAGUUAGAGUACGCGCCAGCAGCAAUGAGAGCCUAGACGCCGAAGUCGAACACAUGGAGAUAGCACCUCCGCCCGAGGAUCCUCUCUGGACCACAACUGGCCCCAGGCCAGAUUCGCGCGGCCAUGGAGAUGCAGAGUCUCAGAGCCCCUGCAUCACGGCGUCAUCGCCACGCCCCAUGGGCUCCCCCUACGUUGCCCCAGCCGAGGUUGUCGCGCCCUCUUCCCACGUCCAGCCCGAGACAACUGGAUUCCGCUCGAGCCCAUUUGGGAAUCCCUUCGCCGCAUACAACGACAAGGAGGACCAACUACUCCGCCGCAUGCGCAACGCCGCCUCCCCGCCCAUGCUUGGAUCUGACUUGAAAUUCCGCAUGUGUUCCAGUCCCAAGGCGACCCGCAUGGAGCCAGGUCACCCGUACCCACUGGAUGGAGUCUCCGCCCGCCCCGAGGAGCAGAACCGUGAUGUUUCGGGCAAUACGGGCCUAUGGAGAGGGUAUUGCGUCGCCCAAGCCAACGAAGAGGCCACUUCUUCUGGCCUUCAUGGACCGACUCUUCUUGCCACGCCCGGGGAACCGCUAACCCCGGUAGACCCCUUUUCCAUGGCUUUUUCUUGCACUACAAGCACCGACGGCACCUCGACGCCCCACAGUCCGAUAUCUCCGUCGAAGCGCCACUCGCAGCCUAGAGGCCUGCAUCUGCUUUCCGGUCUGGACGAGCGUCUCAAGAAGGAGCAGGUGCGCAAGGAUAACCAAGAACGUAUCCGCGCCGAGUUUGACGACGCUUUCGUUACGCAGGUCUAUAACUAUAUUAGUCUUGGCUAUCCUGCUACGGCACGGGCGUUUGACGAAGAGCUGAGCAAGAUCAGUGGCAUCAGAGUCGAGGAACUGCAGCAAGAUGAUAGUAAGGAGUUCGGCAAGGGCUUUAUGCUUGAAAUGGAGAUGCAGGCGCGGUCCAAAACGAAACCCCCACGGUGGAGGGCGCUGAAGCUGUACAUAUGGGAGUGGGCGAGGCAACACCCUGACCUCGACCGAGAAGGAAAUCCCCUUGCUUGGGGCAUGCGUGAGCGACGAGGCUCAUGGGCUAUAUAG